UUGUUUAACGUACGCGGGUGCUGUUGUUUUUACCCGUAAAUAACAAGUAUGGCAAUCAAUACUCAUUACAUUCAGCACAUAUGAAUAUUCAUGCAGCUGCACCAUUUCCAGGUUGGAGGCGGGGUUUGCUACUGCGCAUCCUGGGAGAUACUAGUCUAAUAUUAUGCUUAAACCAGUAUUUAUCAUACCGUUAACAGCCAGAAAUUACUUUCUUAGAAAACGAAAUUUGUUGUCUACGGAGUGGAAGUUCAGUCACUCGACCCGGAAGUAUAUCCUGCUUGGUUGGGUUAGCGCCAUGGAUAACCUAUUUCGAAGAUGCCACCUUUGUUCCAGUAUUGUACAAGUAAAAGAUGUCCUUGGAAGAACCAGAACCUUAUAAAUUGUCUGACAUAGACAGGUGACAAUGAAGGUGGCUGCUUUACAUUUGGUGUUCUUUUGGUUCCUAGUAAGGAUAACAAGUUGGUGACAAACAGUGUUAUGGAAAAACUGGAGUCUGUGCGAACUGGAGAAAAUGGAUCACAGACUGCUACCAGAAGUCCUGGAUCCAUCAGCACCGAAGGAAAUUCUGCAGUAUUCCUCACAAAUGAAGAGAUAUCCGCAGGGAAAUGCCUACCUGCUGUUAGCCCCACAUCAUUUGAAACCCUACACUCCCUUAUGCAGGAGAUACAAAGCAAUGGGGGUGUGGAUCCGGUGGUCUGGAAGAAAUGUGAGGUAAGGUGGCGGCAGUUGUUUCAGCUGGUGGAAAAGCAGUACCAAGAACAGAUACAUGCACAGCAGGAGCAGUACCAGUGCCAGAUACAGCUGAUACAAGAGGAGAUUAAAGCCCUGAUGCAGCUACAGAGCAAGUCAGCGUGUGAAUUGCGUAGCAUACAGAACAGUGCGUCACGCAGGCCUUGUAUCGCAGCAUCCUUUGCAAGUAGUCAGACUUGUAGUUCUACACCAGCAGAUGACCACAGCGAGUUAACUGUGAGGAGUUCUACACAGCACGUGGAACCUUUUAUUCUCUUUGACUCUCAGGAGUCCAGAAAACAGCCAAAGUUAUUUAACGCACAACAAGCAAACUCGUCUAGCUUUACCCUGAGUAGUGGCUAUGGGACAACUUCAGCUUUCAAUUCUGACCAUACGAAACCUGAAUUUUCCAGCAGGACUUCAGAAGAGCCAAUUAUCAGGCAUUCUGCAAGUAUGUCAGAGGAAGCUGAUUUGCUCGAGUCAGAACAUUUGAGAGAGAGUUUGUCUAGUUCACUGAAUCUGAACAUCAAAAGAAAGGGAUCUUUGCUGCUUUCCUGUGAUGACAGGCCUUCAUUACAUAGCAAUGACAAGACUCUAAAUGGAGUUCAGUCUACAGAAGAAAGCCCUGGUGUGAAUUUGGUGAAGGACAAUGAAAAGGUCAGCUGUCUGUCAGGUGAUCAGGAGAACACAGACAGAUUGUUAAUGUCAUGGGCACAGAAGUCAAAACUGAAAAAACAGAAGUCAAAAUCUGCUCAAGUAGUUAAUUUAGAAACUGGACCGAACUGCAACUCUACUCAAGGAAUGGAGCAGGGAGCAGCACAACAGACAACACCUGAGCAGGACUUCUGCACCCUUUUGGAGCAGCAGGCGGCAACCUCUGUGAUAAUUGAGAUGGGGAAGGACCAGGCAAAGUUUCCUGCUACUUGUGGUUCCUCUUCACAUUCGUUCUACCUCAUGAAUGAAAAUGACAGUCCGAGCUCUGUGAUGUCUGAAGCCUCAGGUAUUGCGUACUGGAAACUUGAUGAAAAUGAGCUUUACCACGCUUUGCCACAAAGCAUAGACAAUGGAUUAUCCAGUGUUUUCUUUCAAGAUGGUCCUAAAAAUAAGGUGAAGUCUGAUGGGGUGUGGCCGCAACCUUCACUUAAAGACUUGUAUCACAAAAAACAGAGAGAAAACUUGAACGUGGUAAAUUGGACAUCAUCAUCUUCUCAACCAUCUGAGACUCGCUCUCCUCCAGAGGUGUGGACAUUGGAUCCAACACUUCACAUGAGGCCAGAGCAGCAGAACUGUGAGUUUCGUCAGUAUUACCUUUCCUCUGCUUCAGGUAGCAGGGAUACUGCCAGUCCAGAUUCCAUCCUGGGAUCCUCGCACAGACGUUCUGAGUCUGACUCAUUGUCACAUACUAAUAGCCUGUCUGAAUCACAGUCAAGCAUGAUGCUUGGGGACUCCAGUGAUAAGAAUGGUUUUCAUUCAGAGAUGUGCAAAAACCUUCCUGGAUCCCAGUAUUCGCAGACUUCUCGUAGCCUGUUUUCUGGAGAGCACAAUACCACUCAAAAUUCUGCCGUUUCCCAGAGUGAAGAUGCUGAUGCAAGUAGUUCAACGCUAACUCCUCCUUCUCCUGUCAGGCAGCCGGAGCUUCCAACUCGGGUCCUGGGCUUACCAGACCAUGGAUUGCAUGUUUCUUCCUUUGAAGAUCCUCUGAGAAUGUCCAUGGUGAGGCAGAACCUAAAAGAAAAACAUGCUCGUCAUUUAGCAGACCUUCGGGCCUACUACGAUGCAGAAAUCAAGAGCCUUAAACAGCAGCUUGAAACGGCGAGCAGACCUGCCGAACUGAUAGCGAUGGAGAAGAAAUACCAAAAUCUCAAAAACAGAUGUGAGCAACUAGAAAGAGCCCUCACUGAAGCUCGUAGACAUAUUCAGGAAGUGGAAAAUAAGAACCGCGUACUGGAAAUGCAGAUGGCAGACUGGCCAGAGCGGUAUGGGGCAUUAAGCACUACAGCAGAGGCUUUACAACAGCGUGUUGAUGAAUUGCGAACAGCAAACAAAGAGAAGGAUAACACAAUCAGCAGGCUACAGUCGAGGCUUAAAAGUCUGGAAGAAUCCUUUGAAAAAUCUUACAAGCUGUCAGAUGAUAAAGAAGCCAAGAUGAAGCAAGAACAAAAAAUGAUGCAAGAUCUUCUGUCAGAAUAUGAUUCUUUAGGAAAAGAGCAUGAGAGAGUUAAGGACUCAUUAAAUAUUACAGAAAAUAAAGUAAUUGAUGCAAAUACGAGGAUACUGGAACUGAAGAGGACAGUGUCCAAACUUGAAGCCCAGAUUAAACAACUUGAGUAUGAAAAUGCCACUAAAGUCCGUCAUGGUGCCGACAGUCAUAAAAGGGCCUCGGGCAGUGGCUUAUUUCAUCAACCUGAUGUCUUCCAGUCUCCCACCAAAGAACCAUCUAGUGAUGUUGCUAGGCGGAAAUGGUUAAUUUCAGGAGCAGAAUAUUCUAUUUUUACAGGUCAGCCUCUGGAAAGCAAUAGUAACAAUGUGGAGAACAACACCCAAGAGACGUGUCUUCCUGGUAGAAGGUACUGUUCUCCUUCAGAAAAGGACUGCUCUCCAAAAGAAGCUACUCCUACCAAAGGUGUCCUCAAGAAAGGGUGUGAGACCUCAUAUGCACCAAUAAUGAAGGCUUUGAAGGAUUUAGAUGAAGCAAAAGCAAAUAAAAACAAGAGAAUGCAGUUAGCUGUGCAGCCAUCUUCUGAUACUGAAGACAGCUCAAACACCUUCAGAACUCGGCACCAAACUGUUGGGUUUGCUGAUUCCCAAAAUCAUUCUCCAGAGAAGUCAAAAGAAGUAAAAUCUAAGCGACACAGCAGUUGUAACAGCCCUAGAUCAUCUUCCCUUCCACCCACAAGUCGAAAAGGAACACCUACUUCUACUCCAACUAAAAGAGAAAUGAUGAUCGCACCUGUUUCAGUGAAAUCUAGUCCCAAGCGGUCACCUAAAGAAAACCUCUCUCCUGGAUUCAGCUAUCUACAGAGCAGAGAUGAAAACACAGUUACAAGGUUUGAUGUAAAAUUAGAUGAUCUGGACACUGUACCUCUUGCUGGACCGCGGAUGGGUAGCCCAAGGAAAAGACUUCAGUUUGCUUCAAUAGAAAACAGUGAAGCAGUAAAUGGUGCAGCUGUUUGUAGAGCAGCCUGGGAGGACAGGAGCGUGACAUUCUACAAUGAGAAGCACAGUAACAUACUGCAAACACCCUAUGAAACCGAGCUCACCUACAGGGCAAGAGUGGACAGCUUAGCAGAAACAGAACGACUCUUUGAUGAGCUCACAAGAGAAAAGCAGCAGAUUGAAGCUGCGCUUAGUCGAAUACCUCGUAGUGGUGGACGAAUGACCUUGCAGGCAAGGCAAGAGAAGGAAGCUAUGGAAGACCGUUUAGAAAAAAUCAAUCAUGAUCUGGGUUUGAUCCGUAUGACUUUAAAGAGAUUUCAUAUUUUAAGGACUUCUGCAAACCUGUAGAUUUUUUUAAUGUCUUUAGUUGCACUCAUUUUUAAGUUGUCCUGCACAACAAUAGUUUGUAAUGUGAACGGAGCUCUUCUCCACAGUCUAGAUUUGAAAGAUCAUGUAAUGUAUGUUGAAUGUUUUGUAUUUAAAGAUAGUAUCACAUAUUUUACAUGUAUUUUUGUUACUUCAGCUCAGAAGUGGAACCAUAAUAUAUAUUAUAUUUUAUACUAAUGUACAAAGAUGUGUGUGUAUAAUCUAAAGGCAUUACAUGUAUAGAUCUUUUAAGUUUAAUUUCUAACAGGUUUCGUACUUCCUUUUUUAAGUCAUAUAUUAUAUUUAUUUAUGAUUAGUGUAACUGAGCUGUUCUACAGUUGAUCAGAACUUGAAUUGUAUGAAGCAGUACAUCAGAGACUGCAAAUGUUUGGUUUACUUUAAAGGUGCUCUGCCAAAUUGUAUUAAGUUUUACAAAUUAAAACACUGCAUUCCACUGAUUUGUUCAGCAUUGUGGCACAUAUUGUGCUGUUUUCAUAUAAAAAUAUUUUUAUAAUAAACUAUUUUUAAUGGUU